AUGGCGGUUGAGAAGAAAGACAAGUCGCAAUUGCACAAAGUUGCUCUCAAAGGCAAGGUCAUCGAAAACAGUCGCAGAAUUCCACUGGAAAAGGAGGAUGAAAUAUUGAUAUAUUACAGGUUUCAGAGAGGCGUAUAUCCCGCGGAGGAUUUCACACCAGUCAAAAAGUAUGGCCUCAACAUGCUCGUUUCUUCGGACGACCAGGUCAAGGCAUACAUUAAAAAGAUCAUGUCACAACUGAACAAAUGGAUGGUUGGUGGCAAGAUCUCAAAGCUGGUGGUGGUUAUCACAAGCAAGGAGACGGGCGAACACGUUGAGAGGUGGCAAUUUGACGUCCAAAUUCUUGGGAAAUCUUCAAAACAGCGAUCUUCAAAGAAGGCAGCGGACAAGGAAAACACCGCCCCAGACGAGGUUGCUACAGAAGAGACCGAACCAGAGAAGACCGAAACCCAGAUACAGGAAGAGAUCCAAGCCAUCUUUCGACAGAUUACAGCGUCAGUCACAUUUUUGCCGGUGCUUGAUGGGAACUGCACUUUCAAUGUGCUGGUUUACGCUGAUGCGGACUCGGAUGUCCCCAUUGAAUGGGGAGACAGCGACGCCAAAGAGAUUAAAAACGCAGAGAAAGUCCAACUACGCAGCUUCAGCACCAGCAACCACAAGGUAGAUACCAUGGUCAGCUAUCGAUUGGCAGAUUGA